AUGAAAAGCAACAGAAAUAACGAGAGCAAUUGCCUUCGUUUCAUAGACAUUAACCAGGGAUCUUUUCUGAGCAGCCCAGGAUCCCAGUUAUCACGACCCCAUCCGACAUCAAUAAGCAAAGCGGGGACACGGGCUCUACCAUCGAUAGAAGACAGCACCGCCUCCAUUUCUGCCAACCUGAGUUAUGAAGAGUUGCGGAUAUGUUUGCAGAACGUGUUGUCGCGUAUCGAGCUCUUCUGCAACAACAAUGUAGAGGAGCGUCGCCGAAUUCUUCAGAGUGAGUUUUCACGCCUUAUGUGUGCCGCAUCUGACGAGACUAAGCGGGCACUGGACGUGGUUCGUAGUGACGCUCCAUUGAGCUACCGUGUGUUGGAAGUCCUGCGCUUUCGACGCCGUGAGCUGUGCACGGGCUUUGAAUGUUGCUUGAGUGACCUUAAGGAAUGGUUUUCGCUUGCAAUGCUGUUGGAUGAACCUGAUACCUUUCAGUUUGCGAUGCAGUACGCGCAGGAGUUGGGACCAUGCUCGCGGAAGGAGUUGGGGGAUUGUGUUUUUGUAAAUACAUCGAGCGCUGAAUCUCUCUGGCAUGCGCUGCUUGGUGUGCGUGCACCUGUAGAUUAUUUGGUUCCCUUUGACUUCCGCUGCUACGGUCUUAUUCUAGAUGACUUGAUUGCCAUGGGAGAUGAGCUGCCGCAUUCGACAUUAAUUCAAUCAGUGCAAUCUGACGUGACGCUUCCGAUGCGUGAGCUUCACGCGGAGUGGCUGCUUAAUGUCAGUAUGGCGACCAAUUUACGGUUGGAGACGUUUUUUCUCGCGGUGGCGAUUCUGGACCGUUACUUGUCCAGGGUGGCGAUACGGCGGGGGCUGCUGCACCUUGUGGGCUGUGCGGCCCUCUUGUUGGCAUCCAAGCACGAGGAGAUUUUUCCGGUCCCACUCCAGACGUUGGUGCGUCACGGCAAGGGUCAAUUUACGGUGGACAUGUUGGUCGCUACAGAGUGCAAACUGUUUGAGCUUGUUGGCUUUGACGUGGUGAUUCCAACUCUCAGUGCAGUGGGCAUGGGGGUUCUUCUGCCGCAAGACCCCCCUCCAAGUGAGGCGCAACGCAACUGCCUUCUUUACAUCCUUGCCACCCUGGCCAUUCGCACUCACUAUCGACAGUACAGACUCUCCUCACUUGCUGCCGCGGCUGUUUAUUUGAGUCGUGUGUGCUUCAGCAUUCCAACCGGACGCGCGUGUGAGGAAGUGUUGUCGCUACUACCUGUCAUUGGGGCUGCCCUGUGCCGCAACUCGACUGUAGGCGCCGGUGGCGUCCACGAUAUUUUUUCUAGAAGCAAAUACAACAACGUGAGUCACCUGCAACUCUCCGAGCUGACAAGAACUGGGCUGCAGGAGGCCAUGUAA